AUGAAGAAAAAGGCUGAAAGCCGUAAGCAGCCUCCAGUGAUGACUCGAGAGCUACAGCAGGUUCCACCAGCUCAGCCGACUGCUUUCAUGCCAGCUGCAGGCCCUAAAAGAACAGCAGAAAAAGGGGUGAAAAGGAAAGCUGACGCAAUUACUACCACUCCAGUGCUCACCGCAAGCGCUGGCUCCUCUGCAACAUUUCAUGAGAGAAAAGCUGCUAAGGAAUGCAGAGGUGAAAAUCCAAAUAAGCUUCUGAACAGACACUUGCCGGAUUCCAAAGGGCCACCUGUAAUUCGUAGAAAGACUCGGCUGUCAGACCAACUAAAACAGUGUAAUGAUAUACUUCAAGAAAUGUUCUCAAAGAAGCAUGCAGAAUAUUCGUGGCCUUUCUUAAAACAUGAUGUUGCCUCUUCCUCACUUGGUAAGAACCAAAGGAUCCUACAAGGUCCUACAGACCUGCAAACCAUUAAAAAGAAAUUGGACAACUUUGAAUACAGUGAUAUACAGGAAUUUGCUACAGAUGUGAGACUGAUGAUAAAGAGCUACUACAAACGUCAUUAUUCAGACCAUGAAAAACCUGCUAUGGCAAGAAAAUUUCGGGGUGUUUUUGAGAAGCACUUUACCAAAAUUUCUGUUGAGCCCGCUGCAAGAGUUCCUCUGCCACAGCCUAUUAAAGAAAUGACAGCAGCUUAUUCCAGUGCAGAGAGAAAUGGUGAUGCUUCAGGAAAAAAGUCAUCUAAAGACUCCGAACAGGAGAAAGCAGUUCCUCUGGGCAAGGUUCGGCAGAAACUUAAACAUGUUCACCAGAAAACAGAGAAGGCUGAAACAGAGAAAAGGAACAGCAAGGAAAAAGCUGAAAUGCAAAGCCUGACUGGAAAGAAAAACGUAAACCCCAAGAAAUCUAAGAGCGAGCUGCCUUCAGACAUUCAACCAAAGCAAAGCUUGCAGCCCGCCCUGCUGGCACCUAAGUCAGAAGAUGAAGGUGCCAGCCUUCAAAUUGCCAAGCCUAGCAAUUAUGAUGAAAAAAGACAGCUGACUAUGGACAUAAAUAACCUCCCCAGAGAUAAGCUUGACAAAACAGCCCGUAUAAUACAGUCAACAGAAUCUUCACUGAGGACCUGUAACGUUGAGGAGAUGGAAAUAGACUUUCAAACUCUAAAGCCUUCACCACCAACACAACUAGAGAAGUAUGUGGCAACCUCUUUGAGAGAAAUGAAGCAGCCGGGUAUGUAGCACAAAUGGUGCUUUCAAAAACAAACAAAGCAAGCCAACAAAAACCCCCACUAGAUUCCUUUUCUGUUUCACUGUUCUAAACAACAACUUAAUUCCGAAAGGAAAAAAGAUCUAGAGAAGAAACCAGUGGAUGUCAGUGGUCAACUAAACCCAAAGAACAACUUCAAGUUUAAAAUGAAUGAUCCAACUAUUAAUGACGACACCAUGCUGAGCAUCACCAGUAGCUCCUCAGAGUCUGAAAUGGAAACAUCCUCAGCACAGAGUGAAGACACGAAGAACAGGCCAAUCUCUAUGGAAAAGCCAGAGGUAUCCAACUCAACUCUGCAGGUUGGCAGUACUGAAUGGUUUAGAAAAGUUAAAAUGAAUGAUCCAGGUAUUCAAGACCAGACUAUGCUGAGCAUCAGUAGCAGCUCCUCAGAUUCUGAAAUGGAUCAAUAA